AUGUUCCAGGGACCUCCGCUUGAACGUCAAGAGAACUUAAAGAACCGCAUAAGAACCGGAAGAGAACAGCAACGAGAGAACCACAACAAGAGAACCACAAACACCACAGGAGAACAAGAGACCCACAAGAGAACCACAGGAAAACCCCAAACACCUCAAGAGAGCCACAACGAGAGAGCCACAAACACCACAAGAGAACCACAAACACCUCAAGAGAACCACAAACACCACAAGAGAACCACAACGACAGAACCACAAACACCUCAAGAGAACCACAAACACCACAAGAGAACCACAAACACCUCAAGAGAACCACAAACACCAAAAGAGAACCACAACGAGAGAACCACAAACACCUCAAGAGAACCACAAACACCACAAGAGAGCCACAACGAGAGAACCACACACACCACAAGAGAACCACAACGAGAGAACCACAAACACCACAAGAGAACCACAACGAGAGAACCACAAACACCACUCAUCCCAACAGAGUAA